AUGCUAACCACCUUGCUAGGAAGCAAAGAAGCUGCAUAUAAAUCCAUUAUAUACAGCUAUAAGCAUGGCUUUUCUGGAUUUGCUGCGAGGUUAACAGAAUCUCAGGCAGAAGCAAUUGCGGAGUUUCCUGGAGUUGUCCAAGUGAUUCGAAAUCGCAUUCACAAGCUCCACACUACCAGAAGUUGGGAUUUUAUUGGGAUCCAUCAGCACUUGUCGGGAAAUCUUUUAACAAAGAGCAUGGGCAAAGGAACUAUAAUUGGUUUAAUAGAUUCAGGUGUUUGGCCAGAGUCUAAAAGUUUUAAUGAUGAAGGCAUGGAUCCUAUCCCAACACAUUGGAAAGGAAUUUGUCAGCAGGGAGAGCACUUUAACUCCACCAACUGCAACCGAAAAAUUAUUGGUGCUCGCUGGUUUGGAAAAGGCGCAAUUGAACAUUUUAAAAAUCUUAACAAAACCAACACUGUGGUGGACUUUCUGUCACCAAGGGACGGAAUUGGACAUGGCACUCAUACAGCUUCCACAGCAGCUGGCUACUUUGUCAAGAGAGUCAACUACAGAGGACUAGCUUCAGGGUUAGCCAGAGGAGGAGCACCUCUUGCUCACUUAGCGAUUUACAAGGCUUGCUGGGCCUUUGAAGGAUGCACUGAUGCUGAUCUUCUAAAGGCAUUUGACAAGGCCAUUCAUGAUGGCGUGGACAUCCUAUCUCUUUCUGUAGGCAAUGUGACUCCUUUGUUCUCGUACGUUGAUCAGCGUGAUUCAAUUGCAAUUGGUUCCUUCCAUGCAACCGCAAAAGGGAUUACAGUUGUUUGCUCAGCAGGAAAUGACGGCCCUAUCUCACAAACCAUUGUGAACACUGCACCAUGGCUCAUAACUGUAGCAGCCACCACAAUAGACAGGGUCUUCCCAACAGCCAUUACACUUGGAAAUAACCACACUCUUUGGGGCCAAUCUGUUGACAUUGAAAAACAUAAGCACGGAUUUGUGGGCAUCAUAUACUCCGAACGCAUAGCUUUAGACCGGACAAAUGAUUCAGCCAAGGAUUGUCAGCCUGGAAGUCUCAAUGCAACAUUAGCCUCAGGGAAAAUAGUACUUUGUUUCUCAAAAUCAGAUCAGCAGGACAUAGAGUCUGCAUCAAACACCGUGCAGGAAGCCGGAGGGGUUGGACUUAUAUUUGCGCAGUUUCCCAAUGAUGGGCUAGCGUCAUGCGAUAUUCCAUGCAUCAGAGUAGGUUAUGAAGUAGGGACACAAAUACUUUCCUACAUCAGAAAAGCACGGUUUCCAAUUGCAAAGCUCAGUGACCCAAAAACUGUUAUUGGGAAAUGGGUCUCUCCACGAGUUGCCUCUUUCUCAGCUAGAGGACCUAGUUCCAUGACACCAGAAGUUCUGAAGCCUGACAUAGCUGCACCGGGUGUAGACAUCAUAGCUGCAUUUCGACCACGUGACACGAAACAUAUCAACGCUUCCCAGACUGGAACAGAUGGAACAAGCAUUUCAGCCGAAGGCCUAACCCGUAAGGAAGCUGACCCUUUUGACAUAGGCGGUGGCCAUGUUGAUCCCAACAAGGCAAUUGAUCCGGGGCUCAUUUUCGAUGCUAGUACAGAAGACUACAUCCAGUUCCUCUGCUCCCUUGGUUACAGCAGUGCCUCAAUUACCAGAUUAACCAAGACCAAUAUAAACUGCAUAACAAAAACUCAUGGGGUGAACCUCAACCUCCCUUCCAUCACAAUUCCAAACCUCAAAAGGACAGCAACUGUGACAAGAACAGUGACAAAUGUGGGGCACAUAAACUCAAAGUACAAGGCAUUGGUGCAGGCUCCUCCUGGCAUAAAAAUGACAGUUGAGCCUCAAACUUUAAGUUUCAAUAUAACCACUCAAAUUCUUCCCUUCAAAGUCACCUUCUUCACAACUCAAAAGUUGCAUGGAGAUUAUAAGUUUGGGAGCCUAACAUGGACAGAUGGAGAGCAUCUUGUCAGGAGCCCCAUAGCAAUUCGUGUGAUCGGAUUUGAAUCAUAUAAUGAUGUAUGA